CUAGUUCGUUAUUGGUCGUGUAUGUUUUCAAAUAACAUAAAUUUAUUUUCUAAUUUAAUUUUCAGGUACUGGAUAGUUCCAAAGAAAUGUCACCAAAAGAAAUAAUAGAAAGGCAUGUCCGAAAUAACUAUAUGGUGGACUUUGAUAGAUGGGCUCAAGAAUAUGUCAGUGAACAGGCCAGAAAAACCAAUCACAAGGUGUCAUGGUGGGAUCUCUAUGGUAACCAUCAACAUCUUAAAGAAAGACCACAGUAUCAUCGCUUCAAAAUUGAAGUAAACACUGGACCAGUCUUCUACAAGCAGGUUAGCAGAACAGUUGAUAGGCCUCAGUCAGUUUACACCAACUGGUACCACAAUGACCAGUCAAAGGAAAAAAUCACUACAGUAAUCUCUAAGGAGAUCAAGCGACAAUCUACCUUCACCUGGUCUUUGGAGCAAGGACUAAAAAUUUCGACGAAGGUAGAGGCCAAGGUUGGGAUUCCGGAGCUUAUUGACGUUAGCACGUCCAUUAGCACAGAACUUGACCUCAGAGCUAGCCAAGGAAAGACCACCACCGACGUGGACAGUUUUUCGAUCUCUUAUACUCUAAACAUUGACCCUAAGACUUCUGUAAAAGCAGAAUGGGUGAUUACGGAGCGCGAGGUAGAAGUCCCCUGGGAGGUAGAUAUAUUUAUAGAUGGCUGGAUUGCAAUAUGGUUCCACGAGAAAUGGGAGGGACACUGGCUUUGGUUUCACCCUAUGUGGAUGUUGAAAAAUGAAUACUUUCAACAAAAUGGUGAUGGUCUCAAAUUUAGGGCUCAUGGAGUAUUCCGUGGAGUUCGUGGGAUCGACUCAGUAAUUAGAACCUAUGAAUAUCCUUUACAAAAACCGUAUUCAGACGUUACAGGUGAGCCCUUGACUAAACCAGGAAUUCCCCGUAGGGUCAAUACCCAUCAUAUUCCCCAAGGCCGAGAACAGAAGCAGCACGGUGCCCUUGGAGAUUAAUGACGAGGAACUAAUGUCUUCUUCAACGAGUCCAGUGACUCAUACUGUACAAUCUAGAACCAUUCUGAUGAUCUAUAAUUCUUAAAGAUUAAAGUAAAAAAAUAUGAAACCAAUAAAAGUUGUGGUGUUGUAAAAAAAGAAUAUAUAUAUAUAU